AUGCAUGGUGCUGAUGGUAAGUACGCAGUCACUUCUGGGUACAAGGCAUUGAUAUCCAGUAGAGAAAGGUCACAAAAAGAUAUUCAGGAGGAGGUGUCCACGAGCUGGGAGCAACAAAAUAAUAAGAUGUGGAAAGUAAUGUGGAGACUCAAAAUCAAACACAAGCUAAAGAUAUUCCUGUGGAAAUGCUUGAAUAAUGCACUGCCAGUGAGAGAGAUCAUCCAUGGAAGAACCAAAGUAGGUGAUCCCUUUUGCAGAAGGUGUGGGGAAGGAAGGGAGACAGUAGAGCAUACGCUACUGAAUUGCAGAGAAGCUAAACAAAUUUGGCAGUUUGCACCUAUCCAAUGGGAAGGCACGCAAGAAUAUCAUGGAUGUUUCAAAAGAUGGUGGACAGCAAUCACCGAGGCAAGGUAUAGAGCAUUAGGAUCACAACAUCUGGCCCUAACUGUCAACAUUCUGUGGCAGAUAUGGAAGGCCAGAAAUGAUUGGGAAUUCAAGGGGGAAUAUCAUCAGCCGUGGAGGACAAUUAAGAAGGCUCAGGAGGAAUGGCUAGAAUUUGAAGAAGCAACAAACAAGGAAACUAGGAUGAGCACAGGAGAAACAUCACUUGACAACCAUGAUGACCAGCAAUUAGAGCCGGAAGGAGGAACAGUGAUCAUGAGAGUUGCGGCAACAAGUUACACAGACAAACCUGUCUUAGGCAUUGGAAUCACUUUAGCUGAGGGGAACCAAGAGCCAAAGAUAGGAUGGGCAUUAAGAGAAAGAAGUUCAGGGGUGCAGCUAGUGGACGAAGCAGUAGCACUUAAGCUGGCUAUGUGCAAAGCAACCACCUUGCAACAAAGGAAGGUACAAUUCCAGGUUCUGAACAAGCAACUCCUCAAUCACAUACGAUCUCAAAAGGCAAGUGAUAUUAGAAUAGCUACUCUGGUGGAGGAUAUUGUACAAUUGAAAGGGCUGUUUCAUAUGUGCUCCUUUUGUCUAGUUAAUAGUGGUAACAAUCAUCUAAGUUCUAGGAUUAGUCUAUAUGCCUUAGGCAUCACAAUCGAUGAGGAACUUUUGUUUCCUCAGUGUUAA